AUGAAUUGGACUAGAAGAAAAACCAUAGGCCGUGGCUCAUCAGCCACCGUUUACGCCGCCACGUGUCAAGAUUCCGGCGAAACAAUCGCCGUGAAAUCCGCCGACUUUCACCGGUCGGAGUUUUUGCAAAGAGAGGCCAAAAUCCUCUCUUCCCUGAAUUCUCCUUACGUGAUCGGAUACAGAGGAUGCGAAGUUACCAAAGAGCCGCUAAACAACGGAGAAGCUACUUACAAUCUUCUAAUGGAGUACGCACCGUACGGAACGUUGAUCGACGCGGCGGCCAAAAACGGCGGCUUCCUCGAGGAGACACGCGUCGCGAGUUACACGCGCCAGAUACUUCUUGGAUUGCAGUAUAUUCAUAAUUCAGAGGGAAUCGCGCAUUGCGACAUUAAAGGAAGCAACGUGCUUGUCGGAGAUAACGGAGAGGCCAAGAUCGCUGAUUUCGGGUGCGCGAAAUGGGACGAGCCGGAAGUAACCGAACCGGUUAAAGGAACGCCGGCGUUUAUGGCUCCGGAGGUGGCGCGUGGAGAGAGACAGGGGAAGGAGAGUGAUAUUUGGGCGGUGGGUUGCACGGUGAUAGAGAUGGCCACCGGGUCUUCGCCGUGGAUUGGAGCGGAUUCGACGGACCCGGUUUCAGUUAUGUACCGGGUCGGGUAUAUGGGUGAGUCGCCUGAGCUGCCAUCCUCGCUUACGGAACAAGCAAAGGAUUUUUUGGGAAAGUGUUUGAAAAAAGAAGCCAAUGAGCGAUGGACAGCGACGCAAUUAUUAAACCAUCCGUUCUUGAUAACCAAACCGAACACAGAACCGGGAUUGGUAACGAAGUCACCGACAAGUGUGACGGAUCAAAUGUUCUGGAGAUCAGUGGAAGAGGAGGAGGAGGAUGACGAGGAGCGUCCAAGCUGGUGGGAGUGUCACGAGGAGAGAAUUGGAUUGCUAAGCUGGAUUGGCCAGGUUGUGAUGGAGCCCACAUGGGACACGGACGGUGAAGAUUGGAUCACGGUCCGGCGGAAUAAUGAUUAG